AUGGCCCCUCGCACUGAGCAUGAACCUAAAAAGCAUCACUGCGUCAACCCCGGUGCUAGAGAUCGUCCAUAUCUCAACGCACACACUGGUGCUGGUGUCAAUAAACACCGCCCCGCCAGCGGUAGAAGCAAUGCCUGCGUCAGCUCCACCUUCAAAUCAAGCCACCAGGGCAGUCAAAGUCGAAGUCGUUACGUUCGUGUCUCGUCUCCGGAUGUAGAUGCUGUAGAGCAUCAUCCCAAGAUCCGCGACGAACAUCACGGUAAGAACGGCAGCAAUGGCAUUGGCAAACUUCAUGCCCAGCACCACAACACUCGCCUUGUCAACAGCCAUGACUACGACGGAGACACAAAAGCCAGUGCCACGCCACGUCUUCCUAUCAAGAAACACAGCUCCACUUCUUCUUCCUCUCCUACUACCACCCAGCCCCCCUCCACCUCCACCAUCAAACCCCUCAGCACCAGCACCAGCACCCGCGACAUCAUCGCCAUCCCCAAGCCCCUCUUCGCCCGCCGCCGCCACUGCACCGACCCCGUCAAGCGCGCCUUUACGAACCACAAUCUGCGUGCUAUUCUGUCCGACAAGCCGUGGCCAACGCAGCGCAAGAAGGCGAGUGCCGAGAAGAUGGUGCUGAAGAUGGGGAUAAGGAAGGAGUAUAAGUGA